UAACAGCAGAGCACACGGGGAACCCACCCAGCCCACUACCCUUGGCCCCAAAGGAGAAGACGCCUGCACGACUGAGAGAUCUGAGGGGAUGCAGAGCAGAUGCCCAACCCGCCUGGAGAACCUCAGUGGGACUGGAAGGACCCAGGAACAUGGGCUGGGGUCUGUCCCCUCCCCACGAUCUCCCCUUCACAAACCGGCAGCUGGUGAUCACCACCAUGAUCAUUAUUGCCGUCAAGCUGCUCCUGAUGACCCUGGUCCUCCACUAUCUCCUCUACUUUUCACAGGCUGCUCCUUCUCCCACCAAGCCAGGAGACCCUGGCCUCACAACCCAGAGGAGCACAGCAGGCAUUCCCAGGUGCCAGUUAGGCUGGUGCCAGGAACAAGGGAGGUGCUACCUUUUCUCCCAGACUAACCAGACCUGGGAGGCAGCGAGAAACUCCUGCUUAGCCCAGAAUGCUGAUCUGGUGGUGAUCAAUGACCAAAGGGAGCAGAAUUACUUGGUCCAUAGAGCUGUAUCUGUACGUCACUGGAUUGGCUUGACCGACCAAGGGACUGAAGGCAUCUGGCGCUGGGUGGACAACACUUCUGCGGUAUUUACGAACUGGAACAAAGGGGAGCCUAAUAACGUGCUCAGGAAUGGAAUCAGUGACGAGGAUUGCGCCCACCUGCUGGAGACUGGCCUAUGGAAUGAUGAACACUGUAGUAACUCUUACAGGUGGAUCUGUGAAAGGGCUGCCACUGUGUAAACAGCCCCAUCUUCCCCUGGCUGCGAACACAGGCUGAAAUUCAUCCUCCUGCUGCUAUUCCUGGGCGCCAUUCAUGGCCUGCACAUAAUCCUGUCAGGCUUGUG